CGUGCUAGUUAAGCUUCCGCUGCCUGCCUCAAUCUGAAAUGUCAGGGGUGUGUUUUGAAAAGCAGAACUGCCCAUUAAAAACUUCUGUAAUGUUGCUUCAAACUCCCGCUGCUACCAUUGCUGCUGCUUUUGUUGCGUUUUGUACGUUAAGAUAGCUUGCCUGCGGACAGUCUGAACAUGUUUUAGGAUGGAUUUUUGGGAGAAUGAUCCUUUUUGGAGCUCCCUGCUACUGAUUUUUACCUCCAUUCAUCAACUGUUUGACAUCUGAGCCACAAAGAUGAACCUCAGGCCAGUAGCUGGCGUUUGUGUCCUGCUGUCAUAAGCUUCACUUAAAAAGCACGACGGCACCUGAUCAGAAGACACCCGGUGUUCUGCCAGCGGACCACAGACAAGGAAUGAGCCAGCAAGAGUCAGCAUGACAACACAAAGGAAGGUGGCUGGAACAAAAAGCAAAGCGAAAGGUAGCCAAGGUCAGUUCCCCAUAACUCAGAAUGUGACGGUGGUGGAGGGGGGCACGGCCAACAUGACCUGUCGUGUGGAUUACAAUGAUAACACUUCCCUCCAGUGGUCAAAUCCUGCACAACAGACCCUAUUCUUUGGGGACAAGAAAGCUCUAAGGGACCACAGAAUUGAGCUGGUGCGAGCUUCAUGGCAGGAGCUCACCAUCAGAAUCGGUGACGUCAGCUUGUCAGACGAAGGCCAGUACACCUGCUCGCUCUUCACCAUGCCUGUCAAGACCACCAAGGCCUUUCUCACUGUUCUGGGAGUGCCAGGACGACCAGAGAUCACAGGAUUCACCAAGCCUGCCAUGGAGGGGGAUGUAAUCACCCUGACAUGCACCACACUGGGCAGCAAACCAGCUGCCAACAUCCGGUGGUUCCGAAAUAACAAGGAGGUCCAAGGCACUACAGAGGUCAAUGCAACAGGAAAGUCGUUCACAGUGAGGAGUAGCCUUCAGUUCCAGGUGGACAGACGGGACAACGGCGUCGCUUACACCUGCAGUGUGGAGCAUGUGUCUCUUUCCAACCCCUAUAUGACAACCGAGGUCCUGGAGGUCCACUAUGCUCCCCAUCUGGAGAUCACGCAUUCACUGAUUAUUCCACAGGAAGGGCAAUACUUCAAACUGGAGUGUGUUUCCAUAGGCAACCCAAUACCUGAACCAGUGCUUUGGUCUAAAGAUGGAGGAGAGCUGCCAGACAUCGAGCGUAUGAUUGUGGAAGGCAGGGAACUUACCAUCACCACACUAAACAAAACAGACAAUGGCACAUACCGCUGCGAGGCCAGCAACCACCUGGGGACCAGCGGUGCUGAAUAUGUACUGUUUGUAUAUGAUCCUAAUGCUUUAGGACAACAUGGACCUGACCACGCUUUAAUCGGCGGUGUUGUUGCAGUCGUGGUCUUCAUCACCUUAUGUCUGAUAAUAGUCCUUGGACGAUAUCUGGCCAGACAUAAAGGGACGUAUCUAACACACGAGGCCAAAGGAGCAGAGGAUGCCCCCGACGCAGACACAGCCAUCAUCAAUGCUGAGGGAAACCAUGUGCAUGCAGAAGAAAAGAAAGAGUACUUCAUUUAGACUUCUGUUACUCUUUUCCUUCAUUUAAUGACAACUUUUGACAGCGGACAUGCAAUUUUAAGCUGCCUCAGCGUCGAUUUGUUUUACUUUACUUAUUAUUCUUUUGUCUUCUCCAGACAACUCAUGCUUGGAUAUGUUUGUUUUCAAAGCUGUUGGAUAAUUUCCAUUUAAGUUUUACGGUGCCUAAAUGCUGUACAUUAUUCCGCAUUUCUUUAAUGGCUUGCAUUCGCUUAUUUCUCUACUCUCUUAAUUGACCUAUUACCUGUUUUUGCUGAUUUUGUUUUGUUUUUUUUAUUCAGAAGCAACCAGAUAUGUGCUUAAACUCAAGUAAGAUUCAAGUCUUAGCUUUUCAAACUGUUUUGCUUUAAGAACAGAAUAUGUUAAAUACAUCAAUUCAUCAUAUAUCAGAAGAAUCUUUUUAGGGAUUUGGAUGUUGCCUAGAAUUUUCCCCACCACAGCCAUACUGAAUAAAUUCAAAAAAUCGUAAAAUAGACCAAACACUUUGACAAAACAAAACACAGAAGCACAAUCUAUGUGAUUGUGUCUAGAUGAAGUCACCUCCCUCGUAGGACUGUCUGUAUAUUUCUGCAUUGAUUUAUUUUGAGUUUUCACUCAUGUUGCUGAUUUGUACCGACAGAGAACAAGUUAGAAAAUUAAAGCACAAAGUCUGAGGACUAACACAGAGGGAAAACACAUCAACUGUUUCUUGUCUCAGGAUUCAAUAUGAGUCUAGAUGGAGAGAUGGUGUCAGACACAUGAUGAAGAUUUCAGUAUACUCGCAGAUAUCAUAAUGGAUGAGGAACUUUAAUUUUGGUUGGCAAUUUGAUGUAAGAUCCAAACUGAAUGCGUGGAACCUUGUGGGGGUUCAUUAUUUAUGUUGAAUUUUAUUGAAAAACUAUGCUCAAUGUGUGGAUAUUGCUGUAAAAUACUUUGCUAACGUGAAUAUUGGUGAACAAUAUUGUUGAAUCUUGGGAUCCCUGACACAUUACAAUUUGUAUAUUAGCAUAUACAGUAUUUAAAGUAUUCCACAAGUCUUACUUCUUUCCCAUUAAUCAUUUAACAAGAGGUUGUUUUGCCAGAUGAAAUGUAAAUAAUGUGUAAGUAAUCAAUUUUACUAAAAGAUAAAACUGGUUAACGCUGGUUAUAGCUUUUAAUUUCAGGUUUUAUCAGUUCCCGUCAUUUUGAUGAGAUUGUUUUCACACUUUUGAGAUUUUUUCCAAACAGGGAUUCUAAUGAAUUGCUUAAAAUGUAAAACAAAACAAAAAAACAAACAAAAAAAUUCUGGUCAAAAUAUAUGUAUUUAUUAUUAUGAUUGAUUGACAUUUAUUAUAUAAUAGUAUAUUGAUUGAUAUUAUUGCUGUUAUUACUAAAGUAGUUGUCUGACAUUAACUUUUCCAUUUUUUAAUUCUGUAACUUACCAUAAAAACAAUACAAGGAUCACCGUUAUGGCCUUUGAGUUUGCUGCAAACAGUACUAAUGACAUGUUGAGGCAUUGGUGAAUCAGACAUCCCCUCACUGUAUAUAGUCACUGUAUCAAAGACAUUGAACCACAUUGCCAAUGCUCAUACAUGUUAUUUUGUUAGUUCAAUAAGAUGCUAUAAAUA